AUGUCUUUUGCUUCGAAUCAGUCGAUAUUUGGAAAUUUUGAAGCAUUUUCAGUUGUCAUAUGUUGUAGAAUUUUCUUGGAGAUAUUACAGAAACAAAGUGAAGAUGGUAAAACUGAAGUUUUUCUUGGAAAUUUGAAAGAUGAAAUCAGUGAAGACUUUGAGUAUGCUACAAAGGCAAAUCCAUGGGAUGGAAAAGGUCUGGGAGCAAAAAGUGUGAGAUCUCAGUUGGAAACAUCACUUAAAAAUAUGAGAAGAGAUAAAGCUGAUAUAUUCUACCUCCAUGCACCCGAUCAUAAUACACCCUUGCUGGAAACUUUGGAAACUGUGAAUACUUUAUACAAGGAAGGAAAAUUCAAAGAGUUUGGCCUUUCUAAUUAUUCGUCUUGGCUUGUGGCAGAAGUUGUUAAUGUGUGCAAGCAAAACGGAUGGAUAGCACCGACAGUUUAUCAGGGAAUGUACAGUGUGCUGACAAGGAUUGUUGAAAAUGAGCUUUUUCCCUGUCUCAGGUAUCAUAAUAUAAGAUUUUAUGGCUAUAGUCCUCUUGGUGGAGGAAUUCUAACAGGAAAGCAUAAAAUUGAAGAUUGUUCGAAAAAGGAACCUGGAAGAUUCUUUGGCAAUGGAAAAUGGGAGAUUGCAUAUCGUGAGAGGUAUUGGAAACAAGAAUAUUUCGAUGCUAUUGGAGAAAUCCGUGAAUCUCUUAAAACAGCGUAUGGUGAAUCAGUCACUGUAACAGAAGCAGCUAUAAGGUGGUUGUAUCACCAUUCUGCACUCAAAGGUGAAUGUGGGGAUGGUGUUAUUAUUGGUUCUUCAACUGCAAAACAUCUUGAAGAAAAUUUAUCUUAUGCCAAGAAAGGUUCAUUGGAUGAUAAUGUUGUUGCUGUCAUCAAUAAUAUAUGGAAAACCACAUCUCACUUGUGUCCAGAUUAUGCAAGAUAAAAUGAAUCUCAGAUGAUAACUUUUUAAAUAUAAUUCGAUCAUCAGAAUUGCUUAGUUUUUAUGGCACUUCAUAUAUAAUUACAAUAUCAUGAUUUUUGAUCUUGCUUGACUUUUUUCCAGUGCAAUCCUAAUCUAUAAUGUGCCUAUUGUAGGAAUGCUCAAUUUUCUAUGAUUUUAUAUAAUUGUUCUUAUUUCUUUAAUGACACUAUCACUGUCAGGCAACUUUUUAUUACAAUCAUGAAUUCUGAAGUGUUCCUGCGGUAAUUGUUGACUUGUUGUAUUGUUUUACUCGUCAAUUUUGAAUUAUUUUAACAUUCUAAUAGCAUGUUAUGUUUCAAUACAUGCCAAGUAAUAUUUUUAAUAUUCUAUCAAUUUUUUGAGACUUGUUAUAUAGAGGCAGAGGUAGUUUGUUCAUCAAUCCCAAUCCAGACUAUAUCAUCAAAUCUUAUUUACAUUUAAGCCUUAAAUCAGAUGGUAUCCGAAAAUAACUUAAUUUUUUCAAAAUUGUCUCUAGUUUUUUACUACAAGUUCACAGAUUCUGCUUCAAAUCCAUAAUGUCAACAUUUCAAUUGUGAUUACUAUCAUUAUGUAUGCAUUUUUAUUGAAUUAUGCAAUUGUUAUACAAAUUUAAACAGGACAUCUUUCAUUAAAUUAUCUCAAUUGUCUUUUAUUAAGAAGCGUUAGCAAUGAAUAUUUAAGAUGCUUUUGUUCUCUUGUUUCAAUUUGGUAUUGAUUCUAAAACUUGUACAAUUUCAG